GGCUGCCACGUAUACAUGACAGUUACGAACCAGGGCAGUCCAACCAAACUAACUUUGAACCUUUUGGUUCCAAAAUCUCAAUCCCAAGAGCUCUGGAUUUGGUUACAGAAAGAAGAAGAAGAAGCAAUGGCAAUGAAAGCAGCUGCUUCCGCAUGUAAAAUUGGAGGGAGACAAAGAAACCCUUCUCUCUCAUCAAUUCCUCUCUCUCUCCAACAACUCAAAGUUCAUCAGAUUCAUCAUCCCCAAAGAUUCAUCUCAGCUCCUAUUCACCAACAUGGGUUUAAGUCUUCAACAAGGGCUAUUAGCGGGGCAGCUGCAGACCCCAUGACUCCAAAUACAAAAAAUGGUCAAGAACAAACACCUCAGAAUUGGAAGAUUAAAAUGCUCUUUGAUGGGGAUUGCCCUUUAUGCAUGCGAGAGGUGGACAUGCUGCGAGAGAGAAAUAAGCGUUAUGGUACUAUCAAGUUUGUUGACAUAAGUUCAGAUGAUUACUCCCCAGAGGAGAAUCAGGGGCUGGACUACAAGACUGUUAUGGGAAACAUUCACGCCAUCCUCUCUGAUGGAACUGUAGCCACUGAUGUCGAAGCAUUCAGAAAGCUAUACGAGCAGGUGGGGCUCGGAUGGGUGUAUGCCAUAACUAAAUACGAACCUAUUGCGACAAUAGCAGGUGCUGUAUAUGGCGUUUGGGCUAAAUAUCGUCUUCAAAUCACAGGCCGGCCACCUCUAGAAGAGGUUUUGGAGUUGCGAAAGAAGAACAAGGGAGAAGUGUGUAAAGAUCCAAAAGAUUGUAAACUCCCAGAGUAACUGGUACCAGUCCGGAUUUUAAAGGUUCCAUUGUCCUCCAAACUUUUGGCGUUAUACGAGCCUAUAUCAUAUACCAAGGGUUUUUUUCCUCUUUUAGCUAACAUCUAAUACUCGUAUGCUAUAUAAAGGCGAACAGAUGUAUAAAUUUCACACUCGUACAUUCUUUCAUAGUUAUAUGUAAACAAUGAUGAUGAAUGUAAAAUGUCGAUACGCUG